UUGGUACAGAGCACAGAGCAGAGAAACUUGAAAGAGUUGAGCCAGUUGAGGGGAGCAACGCAGCGAAAUAAACAAAAAUACAAGAUCUGAAAAGCAGCCACAUAAAUUACUUUGCAAAAUGCCGAUAGACAAAAAGCGGCGAAGUCGCAGCAGAGAGCGCGACAGAGGGACCAAAGAACGCGAGAGAGACCGCGAACGCGAAAAAGACCGCGCCAGGGACAGGGACAGAGACCGCAGAGAACGACGAAAGUCCCGUUCCAGGAGUCGUUCCAGGGAAAAGGACCGCCACUCGGGCGCCGCCAAAGGAAAGGACAAAAUAAAGGAAAGAUCUAGAAGUCCACUUGAUGGGAAGCCGAAAGACGAGCCGGCUGACUUGCUCUUCAAGGAAGAAACCGAGGAGGAGCAAAAGAGCCAGAUAAAAAAGGAACCUCUGUCCUUGGAAGAACUACUUGCUAAAAAGAAGGCCGAAGAGGAAGCCAAGAGCAAGCCAAAAUUCUUAACAAAAGAGGAGAGGGCGGCUGAGGCUCUACGGAAAAGGCAGCAAGAAGUCGAGGAGCAGCGCCGUCUGCAGGAUGAGGAGCGCAAGAAGCGGAUGGAAUUCCAAAAGGAGGCCUCAAAAUCCUCUGAUGACCAUCGGAGGGACGACAGAGAUAGGGAUUUUAGGAGGCCACCUCGACCGGAAAGACCUAGGGAGGAAAGAGCUGAUCGAGAGGAGCCGCAAGUUACGAAGGACAAAGAAAAGGAAGGAGAGGCCAUCAAAGAGCGCUAUUUGGGGCUGCUGAAGAAAAAGAGGAGGGUGAGACGCCUGAACGACAGGAAGUUUGUGUUUGACUGGGACGCCGGAGAGGAUACGUCAGUGGAUUAUAAUCCAAUUUACAAAGAAAAGCACCAGGUUCAAUUUUAUGGUCGAGGUCAUGUUGCUGGCAUCGACAUCAAAGCUCAGAAGAAAGAUCAGUCAAAGUUUUACGGAGAACUGUUGGAAAAGAGACGAACAGAUGCUGAAAAGGAGCAAGAAGUGACUCGAUUAAAGAAACUUAAGCGGAAGGAGGAUAAGCAGAAGUGGGACGACAGGCACUGGACUGACAAGGCAAGGGAUGAGAUGACUGAACGUGAUUGGCGUAUUUUUAGAGAGGAUUAUAGUAUUACUAUAAAAGGUGGCAGAAUUCCUAACCCCAUUCGUGGUUGGAGAGAGUCUGGUGUCCCCGAAGAAAUUCUGGACAUCAUUGACGAAGUUGGCUACAAAGACCCAACACCAAUCCAGCGCCAAGCUAUUCCCAUAGGUCUUCAGAAUCGAGAUAUUAUUGGCGUCGCUGAAACAGGAUCUGGAAAAACCUUGGCAUUCCUAAUUCCUCUGCUCAUGUGGAUCCAGUCACUUCCGAAAAUAGUUCGCAUUGAAGAUGCUGACCAAGGACCCUAUGCAAUCAUUCUAGCGCCCACUCGUGAGUUGGCCCAGCAGAUAGAGGAGGAGACACUUAAGUUCGGAACUCCCCUGGGAAUUAGAACCGUUGUUGUGGUCGGAGGUCUCUCAAGAGAGGAUCAGGGUUUCAAACUCCGCUUGGGUUGCGAGAUUGUCAUCGCAACUCCUGGUCGUCUCAUAGACGUACUGGAAAAUCGUUAUUUGGUUCUGAGUCAGUGCACCUACAUCGUUUUGGAUGAAGCUGAUCGUAUGAUUGACAUGGGCUUCGAACCAGAGGUGCAGAAAAUUCUCGAGUACAUGCCAGUCACCAACCAAAAGCCAGAUAACGACGACGCCGAGGAUGAGAAGAAGCUCAUGCAGAAUUUCUUCACCAAAGACAAAUACAGACAGACUGUCAUGUUCACGGCUACAAUGCCAGCAGCUGUCGAAAGACUAGCUCGAACGUAUCUGCGUCGACCGGCCGUUGUUUACAUUGGCUCGGCCGGCAAACCAACAGAGAGGACAGAGCAAAUCGUGUACUUGCUCUCUGAGAAUGACAAAAAGAGGAGACUGCUCGACAUUCUCAACAAGGGGGUUGAACCUCCUAUCAUCAUUUUCGUCAACCAGAAGAAGGGCGCCGACUUCCUGGCCAAGGGACUUGAAAAACUUGGGUACAAUGCGUGCACAUUGCACGGUGGUAAAGGACAAGAGCAGCGAGAAUACGCUUUGGCCAGUCUCAAAGGCGGCAGCAAAGAUAUCUUGGUUGCUACGGAUGUUGCUGGUCGUGGUAUCGACAUCAAAGAUGUUUCACUUGUCAUUAAUUAUGACAUGGCUAAGAGCAUUGAAGAUUACACUCAUCGUAUUGGUCGUACUGGACGAGCUGGCAAAACUGGUAUUGCAAUUUCGUUCCUCACCAAAGACGACUCGCCUCUGUUCUACGACCUCAAACAAAUCAUUAUGGCCAGCCCUGUGUCUACGUGUCCUCCAGAAUUAAUGAACCACCCUGAGGCUAUGCAUAAGCCAGGAACAGUGGUCACCAAGAAGAGGAGGGAAGAAAAGAUUUUUGCUUAAUUGUUUUCUUUGCAAUAAACUCAUAUUUUUAACGUC